GGAUCUGUGUACGUGGUUAAGCCUGGGGUUCUGAGCACAUCAACAUCAUCACCCCUGACAGUUCAAGGGGAGCUCAAGGAUGGCUGUAGGUCGUUGAGACUAGGAGAGCUAGAAUCCUCAUCAUCGGAUACAGUCUUCAGAGAGCCAUGACGGUCAAGGUUUGUGUUUGCGGAGGAGGCAAUGGCGCCCACACGCUCUCAGGUCUCGCCGCGUCCCGUGACGGCGUUGAGGUGCGUGUCCUCACACUCUUCGCUGACGAAGCCGAGCGCUGGACAAAAGCGCUUGGAGCAGAUGAAUUAACGGUGAUUGUAAAUGAAAAAGACGGAACACAGACUGAAGUGAAGUCACGCCCAAAGGUCAUUACAAAAGAUCCCGAAAUCGCCAUCAGUGGUGCGGAUGUUGUGAUCCUGACUGUUCCAGCUUUUGCACACGAGGGUUAUUUCCAAGCCAUGGCCCCGUAUGUGCAGGAUUCCGCUCUUAUCGUCGGCCUGCCAAGUCAGGCAGGAUUUGAAUUCCAAUGUCGAGACAUUUUAGGAGACAAGGCCGCCGCUGUUUCAAUGAUGUCCUUUGAAACUCUUCCUUGGGCGUGUCGCAUAAAAGAGUUCGGCAGGAAAGUUGAAGUACUAGGUACGAAAUCCGUCCUCGCAGCUUCGCUCAUCAAGGGAACAGCCAAGACGGUCGACCCGCUAUCGACACUCCAGAUGCUCCACGGUGCCGAACCAGUCUUCCGUCUUGCAAAACACUUCUUGGAGAUGCUUAUAAUGAGUUAUUCGUUUGUCCACCCCGCCAUUUUGUUUGGUCGAUGGGGUUCCUGGGACGGCAAACCUGUUCCAGAAGCACCAUUGUUUUACCAAGGCAUCGACCAGGCAACCGCAGACAUGCUUACAGCUUGUAGCAACGAAUGCAAGGACGUAGCAAACGCUAUCAUGGCGGCGUGCCCAGGAAACGACCUUUCGGAUGUCAAGGACAUAUAUCAGUGGUACUUAGAGUAUUACCACGAGGACAUCCAAGAUGACCACGACCUCUACCACGCAAUCACCACAAACAAGUCAUAUAAGGGUCUUGUUCAUCCCGUCAAGGCUGUUGACGGUGGUGUGGCCCCUGACUUCGGAAAUCGUUACCUGACAGAAGACAUCCCCAUGGGGAUGAUAGUUUUUAAAGGCGUUGCUAUAGCAGCUGGUGUGGCCAUCCCCAACAACGAUAAACUUAUCAUGUGGGCCCAGGAGAAGAUCGGAAAGGAGUAUCUAGUGGACGGUGCUCUGACCGGUAAGGAUGUGGCUACAACGCGCUGUCCGCAACGCUAUGGCUUCAACACACUAGACGCUAUACUUACGGGCAAAAAGUAAGGACUGACCAGUGCUAGGUCAGUGCUGACCAGUGUCCGUAUACACCGCUUGUAAUUCAACCCAAGACACCAAUUCCCCAUCAUGAUUUGCUAUCAUGGAACAAAUAUACCUUGCAGUCCAGUUAACUUUUAUAAAGAGAACAGAAGUUGUUUCUGUGCCAAAGAAGUUACAUUCUUCAAAAACACAAAAUAUGAACCUAUAGCAGAUAAUUACGGAAACUAUUUUGGAACCUCAAUCUAGUUUGCGUUAUCGGGAAACAACCAUUCAGCUGUGAUACUUACUUUGGACAUCUUUCUAGUGCUAAAAAUUGUCUCAAGGUUUAGGAUCUAGGUUUACUGCGAAAACGAAGUUAUGAACUCUCAUUUCCGGAAUAUAUAUUAAUCUGUAUACGUUAAUGUUCACUAUUCUAGUCACAAGAUAACGUGUGUAAAAUAUUUCCAAUUUUAGAUUGUAUUAUAUAAUUAUAUUGUAUUUACAUCAACAUGAAUUGUUUACAAAUACCAGAGCUUUUGGCUAUAUCUUUUAAUCAGCGGUAUGUACCAUUCAAAAAGUACUGAAUAUGUGGUAUUAUGUGUUGCUUAAGAAAACGUAAAUCUUUACCUCAGGUUAUAGAUAUAAAUAUUUCAAACAAACCAACAUACUUCUACGGGGUCAGGUUAUGAUCAACACGGGUGAUCGGGUAGCACACUGGUAACACAUUUGCCUUUCACAUAGGCGGCCAGGGUUCGAUUCCCCGAUCGGACGUGAAAAGUUAUGGUGUCACCUGCCUGACCACGUUGGUUUUCCCCGGGUACUCCCGAUUUCCACCCACAGAAAGACUCCCAGCGCGCUUCGAUCCGGGCCAACAAGCGUGAUUAUUAUAAGUUAAUAUAACUUGUUUCGCAAUUGUUGUAAAAUAAAAUUUACAUCAAUACAAAAUGACUAAGACAUGGAGAUGAUGGUUAGCAUCUAAAUAUAUAUUAUACUGUACCCUAUAAAGUGUAAGAAAAUUGUUUCUGACGACGUGCUUGAGAUAUUUUUGGAUAUUUCCCAAACGAGUGAAUCUCGUGUGCUAUAUAUAGAACUCUGGUUGAUCUGAUGUUUUAUACAUUGAGAAGAGAUCUGUUACGGAAAUUACUCAUUUUUCCAAAGUUAUUUAUAAUAUACUGAAAUAUACAACGUUAUAUAUAUAUAUUGCCCACCAGGAUUUUGUUAUUGUACAUGUAAAACAUGGUAUUGUUAAAUAUAGAAUAUCGUUAGUCUAUUACUGUUUAAUUCUAGAACAUUAAGGCGCAAUUUAAAAAAAAUAAAGAUAAAUAUAUACAUUUAUAUAUUCUUUGUUGGGAUUUUGAUGUUUCUUCUUGAAGUAUUGCAAUUGAAUGUAUCCGGAAAGUGAUUUUUAUCCUAGUAUCAGAAUCCGGACAAAUAAGUUUCCACUUGUAUGUUACCUAUUUGUUAGUUGCUUUUAACUGAUGAUGGCUUUAAUCUGUGAUAGAUGUCAGUAUUUUAAAUGAAUUCCAAUACUUUGAUAUUUGUAUUGUAAUAAAAUUCACAGGAUAUACUGAAUUAAAAUUGUUUAUAGUGAAAA